GGCCCAGUUCUACUGGGAAGCGGGAAUUUCCCACUUACAAUCGUAAAUUUAACUACAGUAGAACGCCCCUCCAGUGGGAAUUCCCUGUUGAAAAGUGGGAGAGUUCAAGAAUUCAAGAUGGCAGCUACUCAGCACAACUCAUCAGUCAGGAGGGAAAGAAUCGUUGCUGAGUCUUAAAGAAUCCACUCCUGUAGCUGCUUCCUGUGAUUUCUUACCGGAGAAGGGAGGGAGAGGAGAUUGUGAAUGGUGAUGAUGAAGAGGAGGAGCAGCAGCAGGAGGAGGAGGAGAGAGAGAGAGGACGGUCUUAUAAGCGGGAACACACACACUUUCCUCACACCACCUGCCUGCACAUCAGCUCUCGGGCCACACAGAGCCGGUCUGUUCGGAGCAGGAUGAAGAUGACUUCCUGUGUGUGGCUGCUGCUUCUGAAUGCAGCAGCAGUGACAGGAACUAUUUUUGGAGCGUUUGAGCGAACCGAGAGGAACUGUUCUGUGAUUCCACCGUACUUGCCCAGCACAGCGGUGAACACCACCKUCCAGCUGCGGGAGCUACGAGAGCGAAUGCUGUCUGUGAACAUCUCAGCUUAUAUUAUUCCCGGCACAGACGCUCACCUGAGUGAGUACAUCGCCCCGCGAGAUGCCAGGAUGGCCUUCAUGACUGGUUUUACAGGCUCUGCAGGCACGGCUGUGGUCACUCAGACGAAGGCAGCUCUCUGGACCGACAGUCGCUACUGGCUUCAGGCUGAGAGACAGAUGGACUGCAGCUGGGAGCUGGAGAUGGACGUUUCCAUCAGAAGUGUGGCAGAGUGGCUCAUAUCUGAGGUGCCUCCAGGCGGGAWCAUCGGCUUCGACCCUUUCUGCUUCUCCCUCAACACACAGGAGAACUACGCCGUCAGCCUGGAGUCGAGCGAACGCACCCUCAAGUCCGUCCCCAUCAACCUGGUGGAUGAGGUGUGGAAGGACAGACCCYCAGUCCCGCCUGACAGCCUCACCCGCCUGCCGGACCGAGUCAUACAAAGGUCAUGGCAGGUGAAGGUGAGUGACUUGCGGAAACUGAUGAGGGACAAUCCAUACCAGCCCACUGCGCUUCUGCUKUCAGCUCUGGAUGAAACGGCAUGGCUCUUUAAUCUGCGUGGAAACGACAUUCCUUACAACCCCUUCUUCUACUCCUACACUCUACUCACCUUGACUGAGAUCUGGCUCUUCGUCCACACCGAUCGUGUGUCUGAGGAUCUGAAGGUGUACCUGAACGCAUCGUGCUCAGGGCCUCUUUGUGUGCAGCUGAAAAGUUACGACUCGGUCCGCGAACACCUGAAAACCUACGUGGAGCGGCCRGGGGUGAAAGUGUGGAUCGGUACAGAGUACACAAACUACGCCCUGUAUGAGAUCAUAACCCCACAGGAGAAGCUAAUGACGAGCUCGUACUCUCUAGUCCUGACGAGUAAAGCUGUAAAAGAUGAAACUGAGCAGAAGAUCCUGAGGGAUGCUCAUGUGAGGGACGCAGUGGCUGUGAUCCAGCUGUUAAUGUGGCUGGAGAAGGUCGUUUCAAAAGGAACUGAGACCGAGCUGAGCGCUGCAGAGUACGUCAACAACUGUCGCAGCAAACAAAAUGACAGCAGAGGCCCAAGUUUUGAAACGAUCUCUGCGAGUGGACCCAACGCUGCUCUUGCUCAUUACAGCCCGACAUCUGAAACCAACCGGAGGCUGACGGUUGAUGAGAUGUACCUCGUUGACUCCGGUGGACAGUAUCUAGACGGAACCACUGACAUCACUCGGACCGUUCACUGGGGAACACCAACAACGAUGCAGAGGGAGGCCUUCACUCGAGUGCUCAUGGGAAACAUUGAGAUCUCCAGAACCGUUUUCCCCUCAGGGACAAAAGGUGUGAACAUGGAGAUGCUGGGUCGCCGGGCUCUGUGGGAGCUGGGCCUGAACUACGGCCACGGCACGGGUCACGGCGUCGGAAACUACUUUGGAGUUCAUGAGUGGCCAGUCGGCUUUCAGACCAACAAUAUUCCUUUCACAGCCGGCAUGUUCACUUCAAUAGAACCUGGAUAUUACAAAGAGAAUGACUUUGGGAUACGGAUCGAAGACGUUGUUGUGACGACACCCGCUCACACAAAGUUUGGACACAACUUCCUGACCUUUGACACCGUUUCACUUGUUCCGUACGACAGAAAGUUGAUCGACACGUCGCUCCUCAGUUCAGAGCAGGUCCAGUGGCUAAAUAAAUACUACCAGAAGAUCCGGGACCUGGUGGGUCCUGAGCUGGACAGACAGGGUCUGCGGGAGGAGAAGGACUGGAUGCUCAGGAACACGGAGCCCUUUGAGUCCGGCUCUUCGGCGGCGUGUUCGUCCUCCCUGACCUUCGUGGCCCUCGUCAUCGCUCUGCUCCACAACGUCGUCUGAGAUCAUCCCAGCAGAUCUUCAACCAGCUAUGCAGUCUCUCCUCAGCAGGUUGACACAUGCAGAAGGUUUUCAGUUGUAAAAUAUUUUAUUUAAUAAAUAAAUUAUGUGGUCAUUUGA